AUGAAGUUUAAUUUAUGGCAAAGUACAAUUUAUCCAGUUGAGCCUUAUGUAGACAUUGAAGAGGUGAAGAAAAUAUUCUUCCUAAAGAAACCAAUUCAAGUUGUCUCGGUAUGGUCAAUGUUCAAGAUUGCUUCAAUUAGAAAAAUUGACAUAUGGAAAUCUAGAAAGAUGCCAUAUGCAUUCUUUCAAGGAAAAAGGACAGACAACUCUAAAUUCAUGUUUUCUGAUGAUAUUAGCUCACUGAUCAUUUGGUUGAAACAGAGAGCGGGUACCGAUAAAGAUUAUGUAGAUGUCCUACAACGCCUAAGGCAAUAUGUGCUCGACAUGGUUAUUAAUUUAAGUGUUAACUGGGAGAUUGGACACGUUGGAGAAAAGGAAGCUGAGGAACCAGAUUUGGAUCUAAGUAUGGAAAACGACUCACCUGGGAACAUGUUAAAGAAACCACACAGAGGAGUUGUAUUCUCUUCUAAAGGUCAACUGAGAUUUAUGAGAAUCUAUCAAAAACAUCUAUUAUCUUCUGAAUUCAUUAAAGGCAUCAUUGGUUUAUUGAAGAGAAUAGGAGAUCAAGAUAAUUCGCUGAGAGUGAAGAUCAUUGAAAAAAUUACUUGGUUUUUAAGUUUUCAACAGUGGUUAAUAAACUUGAGAAAUAGAUUUUAG